GAUCCGCUCCUCAGAUCCAUCUUCGAUCGUUGGGGCGCCUGUCUCCGCCGCUGCUCUUCCUGCCUCGAGACAUACUGGGUCCUAUGCUGUCUUCAGUCGAUUCCUUUGACUCUGUCGUUUUCCUGCCACCCGCCACCGCAACGCCGCAUUCUCUCUCCAAGACAUGAGCGCACAUAUCGACGUGAAUCCAGCGCUGCCCUCCGGGGCUGAAGCGAUUGAUCUGGAAAUGCUGCUUCAGUCAGGGGCCAGAGACUCUCUUGUCCAGCAACGUGAGCACGCCCUUCGUGUUCGAAUCGACCUCGAGGAGCGCAUCGCAGGUCUCUCUUGUCGGCUCUCUCAGGUUGUUUGGUAUUUGAAAACCAUCGAGGGCAAACUGGGUCUCUGCCAAGACGAUGAAAGAUCUCCGGAUCCUUGCAUCGCCUCGCCUCGGCCCCUAAAGCGUCGGCAUGUUGGUGGCGAGCCAGCACAUUCCCCACCAGCCUCGAAUCAUAAUACCGGCGACAGACACUCUGAAGCCCGUGUGCUGCUUCCGCUGCCUCUGUCUGUCGGCUGCCAUCGCACUCCUGCCCUCGACAUGAAGCCUCCAGCUGUCUUUCGCAUCUCGGGAGGCAAGGUGCGCAUGUUGGAGGCGAAUCCGCUUGCGUCACUCCCUCCAGAAACCAAGCCAGCCGCCGACUCCUCAUCGAAGAAACUGCCGCAAUCGUCGGUAGAAGCAUAUCCCGCAGAUCCGACUGACAGCUCAAUUUCCUCACAAUCAAACGCUUCCUCUGAGCAGCCGUACCGACCCCACAACGCUCGGAUGCUGGCUCUGCUGUCGGCGCAUUCCAUGGACUGCUCGAGCAGUUGUGUAUCCGACGUCGACUCGAACAGCUCGAUUGCAGGCACAAACGCUUCAGACCGAUCGUUGAUAUCGUCCGUCGACCAAUUUGAGCGGUAUUCGGAUCAAGUCCCUCCUCCCGAGGCAAUCAAAGCACCUUCCCCAUCGGAUCGAGCGCCGGAUCAUGCUGUCGCCCCGAGCGAUAGACCCAACUCAUCGGACAGCAACCCCCGUGUCCGUGGUGGCAAAAUCGUCCCUGGUGAGCCGCAAAGGAUGUCGCCCAAGCCAACCCAGCCACCUGGCGGCCUCGAUCUGGAUACCCAGUCUCAUCAUCCCCCUAUCGCCGCUCGCCAUGCACUGGAUACGAUCGUGCGCGAGGACGAGGACGAGCUGACGUUUGAGUCGCAGCCCAUCACCAUCCCGCCGCAAAGGCCCUCUGGAGUCGAUCCAGAUGGGGGCCAGGUCUGCCAAUCCAGUGCCCCGGUGAGCUCGAGUCAAGUUGGCGAUACCACAACCACGAUUGUCGACCAUCGAGCUGACGAUCUCGAAGAGGGCGAGCUUGAAUGCGACGGCAGCAGUGACGUCGCUGCGGGCGCUGCUUCUUGUCAGGAUACCAAGUCGGCACCGAAUCGGGAGCGGUUGCAGUCGAUAGCCAAGCCGGAGGCGAGCCCGGCGGCUCCAAGAACUCGACGGCAAAGCCAGAUUCCAAGCAAGGACCUGCCCAAGAGUCCGUCGAAAGCCUCAAACAAGGGUCAUCAGCAAGCUGUCAAAAGUCCCCAUCAUCCAAAUUUGCCUGGAGGCAAGAAAGGAGACACGACCCGCAUGUCACUGCGAUCGCAUGCCGGCCGCCCUUCAACUCCAGCUCGGUCGAGCAAAGCCAGUCCUGCAGAGUCACCCAUGCCGACCAAAGAAAGCGCACUGGAACUGCAGCCUCAAAUGCAGCUGGCCGUCAAGCGACGCUCAAAGCGCUCGUCUGCUGCCGCCACCGCUAACACGAUCCAGGUGGAUGCGAUGGCAGGCACAUCGUCUGCAUCGUCUGCAUCGUCACAGCUGACUGAGGCGAGGACUACUUCUUCAUCUGCAUCAAAGUUGUCUCCGGCAACAAGCACACUGAAUCAAAAUGCGCCGGAUCAGACCGGGUUGCGAAGCGGCUCUUUAUUGACGGCAGUCCCAUCUGCAUCGGGAUCAGCGAACAUGCCUUCCGUCCCGUCCACGCAGCCGCCAGGAACCCGGGCUGAAAAACAGAGACCUGGUGGUGUCAGCGAGCCUGAUUUGAGUCGCAGCAACCAUCCACCCCUGAAUCUAUCAUCCUUGCUGGACCCUCAGAUAAUCCAGCGCGCGCAAAUGAUCCAGAGUCUGUUCCAACGAUCGCCACAAAGCCUGCCAUCUCAGUUUAGCUCACCGUCACUACCAUCAACCAUGCCAUAUGGGUCGCCUCACGGACACACUCCCGCUCAGCCCGCCAGUGCCAUUCACAAUCCUUUGAUGUCUCAAACGAUGGCACCUUGGUCAGGAAAUCCCGCAGACACUGCCGCUCCGGCUGCCAGCGCCUUUGGUAGCCCUCAGACCUAUGCGCCGAGCCUGUAUUCCUUCCCGGUAUUUCAGAGCCAGGUGCUACCGGGUAAUUUCAGCUAUCCUGGCCAAGGGGUAGAUAUUCAUCGACAUGGACUUUCGCCCUCGGUACCACACUUCCCAUACUAUGGUCCUGGUGCUGGCCCGUGGUUUGGCCAGUAGCUGGAGCCUAUAUAUGGCGCCAUUCUUCCACGGGGCGAUGCAUUGUGCUUCCCCACAGAAAUACAUGCAUGGCAUAUACAUCACGCUCGGAACGAAACAGAACAGCAUCCAUUUCCCGAAUACACCCCGGUCAAUCUCCUGUAACUAUGAUCGACUGACACUGAUGCUGUGAUGCAGGAGUGUGGUGCAUGCAUUCGACCAUCCGGAGUGCAUCCGUGGAUCCUCGAUAUCAAGGGAGUCGGAUGACUCGAGUCGCUUGGCUUCCAGGCACUGUGAGCACAC